GAAUUCCCCUAGCCUAGCCCACACUUCCGAUCCGCCUCCUGCGCCGUCAUGGUGUCGGCGUCAUGUGAGCAGAACCCGCCUGCUUGGGGCGGGCGUCCGGUGUGGGUUUUGGUGCUGUUGCCCAGCAACGUGCCCCACUCUUCCCCCCCCUCCCCGGGGAGACCCGCUGCGAGGCCUUGAGCUGCUGCACCCCCGUUAGCCCUCAAGGAUCUCAAAUCGGGUCCCCGGAUGUGGUUAGACUACGACUCCCAUGAUCCUCAGCCGCAGUGGCCAAAGGGGGGAGGGAGGGGGUGAUGAUGGGAGUUGUAGUCCAACUGCCUAGGCUGGAGGGAGGCUCUGCUGCUGCCCCACGGCAGCCCCCCGCCUCCAAACAGGGCCAAGCCCCCGUGUAUGCCUGGAAGCUGGGGUGGGUGGUCGCCUCCUGAGCCCCCCGAGGCUUCCCAGCUUUUGUUGGACUACAACUCCCAGCAUCACCCCCGGGCGCCUAGCCUGCCCGCCGCCCUCACUGCGCUAUUAGUGAGAGGACAGGUCCCUGCCCUGAGGAGCUUACUGGCGAAGAAGAAGUAAGAUUUGGUCUCCUGCAGCAGAGGGAGGUGGCUGCAUAGCGGAGGAGGAGGAGGAGACUGUGGCCGUUCCAGGACGACGAGUUGGGACAGGAUGGACUUCUUGGUUCUCUUCCUCCUCUAUGUGCUUCUGGUGCUGCUGAGCAUUCUACUGGUCUGUCUCUAUUCUGGAAGAAAGGAAAGCCUUCCCUCGAGAGUUGUUGCUUGGUUUGCUCAGGCGCUUUCAUGGAUAAUCCCAGCCCGAGUUCAAGCGGCUGCUCAGAAGGUGCUUCACAGACUCUUCCAUACACGAAGCCGCCUGUUUGUGGUCCUGCACUUGGCCUUGGAAGGCUUGGUUUAUGCCGAGUAUAGCUGGGAAGUGUUUGGCUACUGCCUGGAGCUGGAGUUCAGUACCAGCUUCCUCCUGCUGCCCUAUCUGCUGCUGGCUGUGAAGAUGGUCUUCUUCAUGCUGUGCUGCAAGACUGAUCCCGGUACCAUAACCAAAUCCAGCCAGGCGCUGUUUCUCCCUAUAUAUGCCUAUGAUGGUGUGAUGUUUGAAAAAGGCGCAGAGUGUCCCACCUGCAGGGUCAGGAAACCAGCCAGAUCCAGGCACUGUGGUGUGUGCAAUGGCUGCGUGCACCGUUUUGAUCAUCACUGUGUUUGGGUCAACAACUGCAUUGGUGCCUUCAACGUCCGAUACUUCUUGGUGUACCUCCUCACUUUGACAGCCAUGGCUGGUGUCAUUGCGCUCAUAACAGCCACCUUCCUGAUCCAGGUGGUUGUUUUAUCCAACAUGAUGCUGGGACAUUACACUGAUGAACAAGGUCAAGAGCGCCCCGUGGAUUCCUUCUUCCUUAUUCAGUAUCUCUUCCUGACCUUCCCGAGGAUCGUGUUCAUGCUCGGCUUCGUCCUCGUCCUCUCUCUCAUCCUGGGCUCCUACUUCGGCUUCACUCUGUACCUGGUCCUGACCAAUCAGACGAGCAACGAGUGGUUUAAGUCCUCUAGAUACAAGUGUUCCUGUUCAAAGCCCUGCAGCAGGCAUGCUGGUUACAAAAACCUUUACUCUAGAGGCAUCUGGGGCAAUUUAAUGGAAAUUGUGAGGCCUCUCACAAGCCCUGGAAAAAAGAGGAGGUGAACAGUAUCGCUUUCUGGAACUGGGCACUCGUGGAAUCUCGCUAUCGUUUGCUCACACUCCCUGCAGGAAAGACUCCUUGCGUGGUGGCACUGUUAACCACAGGGGCGCUCUGGGGACUGGUGCAAGCAUAACCCCUGGAGGGAUCAUCUUGGGAUAUGGACUGUACGUGGCAGAUUUGGAGGACCAACUCUCUGCCCUGGUGUGAUUGCCUUGCCCUAACCCCACCCAUCCCAAGAUCCAGCACUUCUCUUCAGGGGCCAGCAGCUGAAAGCAGGGGGUGCUAUCAGGCAGCCAUUGGGUGGGUCAGAGGCGGCUCGUUUGGAGUGCUUGGGUCUUUAUUCAGCCGGAUCACACUAAUCAGGGCUGGGGGGAGGGAUGUGUGUGCACAGACAUGUCUCUCUCUUUCCACACUCCUGCCCAUUUACCCUGGAUGGGUGGGGGGGACCUCCCAUGGGUGGCAAAUAGGCAUUUCUGUCCUCACCCCCCAGCAGCAGUGGAGAGGGAGAGGCAGCUAACUGUGCAUUGCCUUAGCCUUACACCCUGAGGUGGUGUCAUGCUGAGAGUAAUUUUAUUUCCAGAUAUAUUUAGAGCUGAUGCACACUUGCAUGCAACUGUUACCACUACCCCAUUAUGGAAGGAUGAUGUCCAUGGGGCACAGUCCCCCUCUGAAACCAGGAGAGCUAGAAACCUGUUAAAGGGCAGCUAAUGACCUGCCGCUGCAGCCACCCACCUCUCCCUUUCAUUUCCAGCAUCUGUCUUGGAAGCACCUGCAGGUUGGCACCCACGAGAGCCUGCCUCUCUAGCAGAAGCAAGGCCUCCUUUGGGAAACUUUGAUCGAGGAAACUUUGAUCACACACACGCACACACUUUAAAAAAAAUUAUUUACAAAGCUAAACUGUACAAUCUGCAAUUAAAAGAUUUCUGGUUACAAAAACAAA